GAUUUGUUGCAGGUGGAAACACCGCGCCGGUUGAAAUCGCUAUAAAUGUUGUUUGCUGAGGCUGUCGAUAAUAAUAAAAGUCUUAACGUGACCUACUGCCCCUCGAAGAAGUCAAAAGUGUGUCGCUUAAAUGUGAAUCCGGACGUUAUCGAAGUUCAAAAUAAUGGUAUAAUCCAUCGAAUAGCACUGAGUGGACUAAACAUAUCGUGUGUGACAUGCAAGAACCUCUGUUCAGUUAGUGAAGAUAUCUUGUGUUUCAGCUUUGAUGUAUCAUAUAACACCUUAUCUUGCGAAAAUAAGGAUAAGUUCCAUAAGUUGCAGAGCAACAUUCAUUCUGCCGAAAAUAUUCUAUGCAAGUUUUGCCAACAAAAGCUAGGAAAUAUCAAAGACGUCACAUGUUCCACUGACUUUUCGAAACCCACUACUCUUGGGGAAGAAAGCUUAAGUAUUGAAGGUGGUUUCUUCUGUCAUGAGAAUAGGGAUAACCCUGUCAGACUGACUGAGAAAUCUGUAAACGUGCAAGAAUUAUUGGGAGAACAGAAACCGCCUUCUCCUUUGGACUCUGUUUUCACAGGCUUGGAAUUAAUACUAGAUCUCUCAUUGAUUGAACCGCACUCCCUCCACUUCAAAGAAAACAAUUACCUUCAUUGUUCAUCUUGCCUGAUGGCAUUGGGAAAGAAAGUUUUAUAUGGCUCCCGAGAAUGCAUUGCUUUCUGGACUAAUUGCUUCAGUUUAUUAGUCAGAGAAAAUGAUAUUGAUGGUGAUUUCUUAGGUUUUAUUGAAAAACCAUUAAUUGCUGAUGAAACAGACUUCUACGGUCUUUUGAUUGCUAAUUUGGUUAAAAAUAACCAUUAUCGUAUUAUUAUAUCAGCUAUUACAUGGGAUGGUCUUUUAGAUUUUAUGUUGCUUUGGUUACCUGAUCAAACAAUAAAACUGUACACAACUUCGCUACAAGAUGGUAACUCAUCAGCAACAGAAAAAUGUUCAGAAGAAGAUGAAAAGAAUGGGUCGAAAUCUGUUCAUUUUGUAAAAGUUGAGCCUAUUGCUUGUCGUCGUGUUUUCUAUCGAUUACUUCUGUGUGAUAACUGUUCUCCAGAUACGUCAUCGCUACUCGACUCUUGGCGCAAAGAUUUUGGAGUUACACUGAUACACAUACCAUGGGAAACGUGCAUCGGAUUUUCAGUUUGUUUGAGUCAUUUUUCAUCAAAAAUUGCACCUCAUGUCCGGAAACUAGAUGCACCGAUGACUGGAUUCACUGUAAGUUAAAAAAGUAACCUUACCAAGGUUUUUAUUUGUAUUACUUUGGCCACUGGUUCACUCUUAAUGGUGUGGGUAUUCAUUUAAGCGGUAAUACGCCUUAGCUGUCAAGUACCUGUUCUUGAUUUGAGGCAGAGUGUGACUAACCAAAAAAGCUAUCAAAGCUAGAUGUUUAGACGAAUGUCGAGUUACACCGUAUCGCUUAUGAGACAUACUAAGAACGUGUAGAAUAAUCUUCAGUACAGGAUCCAACUUCCUCACAUCACAACCUUGAAGAACAAAUCUGCUGAGUUGUGGGAAAGUGCUUCUAUUUUUUAGUUAGAACAACACAAUCCUCCAAGAAUGUCUUGAAUAGGAGCGCGAAGAACUAACCGUACUUUUUGAAGGUUCACUGUUGAUGCCUGCUUACUCUUCACUUAGCCCACUGAUAAGAAUGUCUGCGGUCAUUUCCUGACAACGUCUCUCAUCCUACGUACAUCAACGGUUCCUCUUUAGCAUCAAAUACGUCAUAUGUAUCUUGUAUUCCUUAACAGGAGUUAUGCGUCCAUUUACGAUCUUUAAGAUAUGGAGAAACUGUACCGGUUAAUAGUGCGUUAGUGAUAAAUCUCAUAGUCAAUGUUAUAAAGAAUUAUUUAGCGUUUGCAAGUUGAAGUGCUUGGUCCGUCAUCUAGAAAUCCUGACCACAAUUGUUUCAUACAAUGAUUUAGCUACUCUGUCAAUCGUGUUACCAAAUUAUUGACGGGAAUCAGCCUUCGGACUAACGACCUGCUACUCGAUUUUCUUAGUUAUGACAAUCCGACUGGGAAAUGUCAUCAAAUAUGCGUAAGUUAUUUACGGAAGUAAUUUACCGAGAUAAGCAGACGCAGAAAAUGUGUUUUCUUAUUAUCCCUAUAAUCAUUACUACAUUUCACUGGGUACCAUCAAUGUCGACUUUUCCUUUCAAAUAAAAUCCUGCAUUAUAUGAAGUUUAUAUUGUAGUCUGGGAAAACAAUGCAUCACAUACAACAUAACCUAUGUAGUGAAUACUAGUCGUACGACAGUGAAGACAGGCGGCAGAUGUAAAGACCUAACUAACUAACGUGUUGACAUAUUCUUAGAAACUAAGCCUGAUGGUUUUAAGUUAUACAAUUUGGUCUCUCACAGUUACGCAGAGAAAGCUUAACACUUUAUUUUAUUAUCUCUUCCUGUCACAAGUAAUGCAGCUAAAGCUGUCAUUACCUAAUUAAACGACAGAACAAAAUACUGUGGAUAGCUCUGAAGCCUCAAGUUCGGAUUCUUCAAGUAGUACACUUCUGUAGGACACUAAAACAGCCAACUCUUAUGAACAGUAGUCACCUUCUUUAUGUAUGAACUCGCGAUUCAUUGCAUGGGAAUUCGUGAGGGCAUACCAUGACCCACAAGUCUUUUAAAUGUGUUUUGUAUAUAUGAGAUUAUACACCUAACUUACUGACUUUUCCAGGCAGGUGCCGUUCCACUGAUUGAGAUACCUGGCGACUCCAAGCAGACUCCGAAUGGAAACGCGUAUUGUGUAAUCCCUGCUAAUGAUAUUGUACACACUAGAUAAUUCAGGAAAUACAACCGAAUUUGAGUGAUAAGUCGUCUGUUUUAUACUACGCCUUACUCAAGGAAAUGUUCAUUAUUUGUUCGGAACCGUCUGGCAAUCUGACCAAUUUCGGAUGCCUAUGUACUUCUUUGGUAUUUUUAAUAUAAC